CAUCUCCUGGAGGGGCGGAGUUAGCGCAGCGCAGAGGGUCAGAACAAAAUGUGGGUCCCCGUCAGGCUAACACUCUGUCCCCGCUCCGUCCCGACUCUCUCCGCUGGGAGCCCUUAAAUGGACAGUAACCGGAGCUGCUCGCUGUGACCCACCGGCCGCCCGAACCGAGCCAGAGGAUGGAUGGAAACUCGCCACCGGCUGCUGUCUGGUGCGUCGUCCUGCUGUGCGCCGCGCUCUCCUCCUCCGCUGCCUUCCUGGAGCCCUACGACCUCCUGUAUGACACCGCGGUCCGAGCCUUCUACAGCAGCGACUAUGGCGGCGUGGUGCGCUACAUGGAGGCGGCGCUCAGCAGCCACAGAGAGGUCCGGCGAACCAAGGUCCGGUGCCGGCUGAGGUGCCAGGACCAGCAUCCGUUUGAGGAGACCUUCUCGGACCUGCGCUUCUUCGACGCGGUGCUGCGCAGGGCGGCGUGCAUGGACAAAUGCAUCGAGGAGAAACUGGGCGCGCAGUCGGUGCACAAAGUCAGCGAGGAUGUAGUUCAGGAUUUCAACAGGAGGAUCCCGUACAACUACCUGCAGCUGGCCUACCAGAAGUUAAAUCAGCCAGACAAGGCAGCAGCAGCAGCUCACACCUACUUCCAGGCCAACCCAGAACAUGUGGAGAUGGGUCAGGACCUGGAACAGUACAAAGACCUGCAGGGCGUCCAGGAGGACCACUUUGUGGAUCGAGAAGCUCGACCUCACCAGCGAUCCUUCACGGCAGCGGUGAGGCUCUACGAUAAAGGCGACUAUGAAGCGGCCCUCGGUUUGUUUGAGGAAGCGCUGGUGGAAUAUUACAAGGCAGACGUGGAGUGUCGGGCCCUUUGCCAGGGGCCGCAGAGGUUUGAGGGCCAUGAUCACCUCCGCUACCGUUACAGCCUCCAUGAACUGGUAUCAGAUCAUUUCACUCAGGUGCUUCACUGUGAACAUGAGUGUGUCAGAGAUCUGGCCACUCGCCCAGGUCGACUCUCUCCGAUGGAGAACUACCUGCCGCUGCACUACGACUACCUGCAGUUCGCCUACUUUAAAGUGGACCGACUGGAGGAGGCUCUGCAGUGCGCUCUGACCUACCUGCUGUUCCACGACGGAGAAGAGUUCAUGACGGAUAACGUUGAUUAUUUCAGGGAGGUUCUGGGACACGAUGGAAAACCUCGAGAGGAAGCUGCCUGGUACUUGAGGAGGCACCGACAAGAGCUGGAGCUUCUCCUGAUCGGCAGCAAAGUGAUGGGUGUGGACUUCACUGAAGGGAAUUACUGGAGCAGCACAGGUGGAAGAGAGGACUCACACAGGAUUCCCUCUGGUACAGAUGGCUGGAUGGAGUAUGUUCCCAUCUCAGAGAAGAAAAACAUCACCGUCGUUGCUCCUCAGCAGCUAAAAGAAGGCGGUCCGUUGCUGUACGACAAUGUGCAGCUGGUGCAGAACUCGGUAGCCCUGAACGGAACCCAGCGAGUUCUUCUGGAUCACGUUAUAUCUGAGGACGAGUGUGCAGAUCUCCGAUACUUGGCUCACGCUGUUACUAUGGCUGGAGACGGUUACAGAGGGAGGAUGUCUCCACACACUCCUAAUGAGAAGUUUGAAGGAGCUACUGUACUCAAAACCCUGCAGUACGGCUUCGAAGGCCGAGUCCCGAUGAGAAACGCUCGACUCUUUUACGACACCAGCGAGCGAGCCAGAAGAAUCAUCGAGUCGUAUUUCAUGUUGAACUCCACGUUGCAUUUUUCCUACACACACCUGGUGUGUCGAACAGCGAUCACAGGCCAGCAGGAUCACAGGAACGACCUGAGCCAUCCCAUCCACGCCGACAACUGUCUGCUGGAUCCGGAUGCUAACGAAUGCUGGAAGGAACCUCCAGCUUAUACGUACAGAGACUACAGUGCUCUGUUAUAUCUAAAUGGAGAUUUUGAAGGAGGAGAGUUCAUAUUCACAGAAAUGGAUGCCAAAACAGUGACGGCGUCAGUGAAGCCCCGCUGUGGCAGGAUGGUGGGUUUCUCUUCAGGAGGAGAGAAUCCACACGGAGUGAAGGCCGUCACCAGGGGGCAGAGAUGUGCUGUGGCUCUGUGGUUUACUCUGGAUCCACUGUUCAGAGAGCUGGAGCGACUGCAGGCCGAUGAGGUGAUCCAGGCUCUGGACACUCAGUCUGUCUGGGGUCAAGGCCUCAACAUCAACCCUAAAGACGAACUGUAGGAGCAGAAAACAUCCCAGCCUCCUCAAUGAAACUGAUCAGACACCACGUUAAAACCGCCGGAGCAUUUAUCUUUUAUCAGUGUAUUGCAGUUUUGUGGACUUCCAGGUGUGCGGUUUACUCCGGGAAGAAUUGAACCCUGCAACGUUCUGCUGGAAAACCUUUGAUUCCUGCAUUCAUGUGGAUGUUAUUUUGACUUUCACCAGCCACCUGAACAUUUUAGCAGGACAAUGCAUCCUCCUACUGCUCAGGAACUGAUCGAGGAACAAGACCAAGAGCUCAAGAUGGUGACCAGGCCUCUAAAUUUCUCCAAAUCCCAAUUGGAUUGAGCGUCUGCAAGAUGUGCAGGAUCCAUGGAGGCCGCAAACUACAGCAUCUAAAGGAUCCUACAGAAUAUGAAGCUGGUGGUUUUAAUGUUGCGGCUGAUUGGCGUUUUAUAUUUUAACUAUUUAUUGAAUGGCCUUUGGAUCAGAACAUUUCUAUUUUUGUACUGUUUGAAGUGCAAGCUUGAUGAUGUUGUCAUUUUUUUGUGUAUGUUUGUUGUCUUUUUUUCCUCAUCAAAACUUGUCUCUUCGGUUUUCCAUCCAGUUGCAACCUCUAGUUAAGAAAAUUUACUCUAUAAUCUCAACUGUGAAGCUGAUAUUUCACUACUUGUUCUUUGGAAAAAAUGCUCAAAUUUUAUUUAAAAAACUUAUGUUCAGCGGUUUAAGAUGGUAUUAGGGUCAUUCCAGAAUUGGAGGACAUUUGGGCUUCAAAAUGUUUAAAAAAUAAACCUUCUCGUUUAUAGUUUUCUGCUUCAUAUUCAUCAAUAAUAGGUAAUAAACUAUCAAAGGCUAUGUUUUAUUUGUUGUUUGCUAACCCUACUCUAAUCAGAGUAACAGGGUUGCUAAUCCAUGCUAAUGUUAGCUUUCUCUCAGGAGUAGAAGCUAAAUAUUUAGUUAGCUGUUACUGCUGACCAAGACGACAAACUUACUGAUGGAAAAUAUGAAAAUAUGAAACAUAGAAGAGAGGACAUAGCUUUGCUCUACCCAUUCUUUAGGAAAACUGUUUGAUGUUAAUUCCAGCGUUUCAUGUGAUUCACUGUCUUCUUCUUCUUCUACCUGCUAAAAAGGUUAUGCUAACAGGGUUGUUGUGGGACACGUGCAUAAUGAUAAUUAUUUAAAAUAUUAUGUUGAUUAAAAAAAUGUUCCCACAAAUACAAGAGACAUCAAUGAAAAAAUAAUACCCAAAAAAGGAGAUUUAAAUUUCAUUUUAGCUGUUUUGAGAUUCAAUUUGGUCAUCAGGGUGGUGAGACAAGAGAAAAAUUACAUUUUAAGGGGAACUUAAAUUUUUUUUAAUCCAGAUUUAUGUGGAAUUUUUAAAAAUAUUUUCCAAACAUUCUUUCUCCUAGUUUUUUAAGAUUUGGUCUCAGGCAAGUACAUUUACAUGACAACUGCAUGUUUUAGUAUUUUCUACAUGGAUUAUUUGAAAUUCGAUGUAAAAAGUCCUCCAAUUCUGGAAUGACCCAUUAAACUCCAUCGUCACUCAUGGUACUGUUUAAUAUGCUGUUACUAACGACAUUAUUCCAUUUUAACUUCUGGGCCAGUAAUAAUGAUUAUCAAAGUAGGCAGUGCACUGUUUUUCUAAUUUUGGGGCGACUAAAAAAAUCAUCGUUUAAAGAGUUAAAACGUCACGUUUUGUGCUGAAUAUUUAGUGAUUCGUGUCUUUUUCUGUGUGUCGGGUGUGAAACUGAAAACAUCUUCAGUCCCUCUAAAAGAGCAGAAAACUGGUUUACAUGUUCACUGACGCCAGGAGAUGGUGAGUACUUUUAUUUAUGUGUUUUAUUAAUAGACAGCUGCUGUCUGCAUUUACUAUGAGGAACUUUUUUUCAUAAAAGAUGCCAAUCUGUUCCUGUUUCAAGGAAUGCAUAUAUAUAUUUGUACGAUCUGUUAUUUCUCUUUAUAUAUUUGUGAUGAUACAGAUGAUGAGUCAUGCACUGUAAAUCCAAAAGACUUUGUAGAUUCAAAAAGAAGCUAACCACAAAUGUAAUCCUAAUGUUUUUAUGAAGGUUGGCCACUUUUUGUUUCACUGAUAUUUAAUAAUGAAAUGCUGUAGCACACUAAAAUAUAUGUUUACAUGCCUAUAAAUUAAAAUAAUGUAAAAUAUUCUCUAUA